AUGUCCAUGUCAGUAGAUGAUUGCACAACUAUCCGCGACGGAUUCCCGCGGCCGUUUCCAAACACGCCUACAAAUGUCAUUGAGCAGUUCAAGCUAAACGGAAGGGUUGCUGUCGUUACGGGCGCUGCUGAGGGCAUUGGCGGUGCUGUCUCCGAGGCAUACGCAGAAGCGGGUGCCCAUGUAGCUCUUUUUUAUAACUCCAACGAUGCUGCCAUCGCCAAGGCAGAGUCCUUGGCUAGUACACAUGGCAUCAAGACGAAUGCCUACAAGGUUGAUGUUUCAAAUGCCGAGGCCGUACAAUCAGCAAUAGCACAGGUUGUCAAGGACUUUGGAAGAAUAGACAUAUUCGUUGCCAAUGCUGGCAUGUCAAUUUCGAAACCAAUCUUGGAGCAGACUCUAGAUGAGUACAAGAAGCAACUCUCUGUAAACGUCGAUGGCGUCGUUUACUGUGCCAAGUAUGCCGGCGAGGUGUUCAAGCGUCAAGGCACCGGCAACCUCAUCAUCACGGCAAGCAUCAGCGGACACAUUGUCAACGUGCCCGUCGACCAGCCCGUCUACAAUGGCACCAAGGCCUUUGUCACCCAAUUUGGCAAGUCCUUGGCCCGCGAGUGGAGGGAAUUUGCGCGUGUCAAUAUCGUGUCGCCCGGCUUCUUUGACACAAAGAUGGGCGCGGGCCCUUCUGCGCUCAACGAGGCGUACCGCAUGGCUGUCUUGGGCAGGCAGGGCCACGUCAAGGAGAUCAAGGGCUUGUUCCUAUACCUUGCUAGCGAUGCGUCGACCUAUACGACUGGAAGCGAUAUUUUGAUCGACGGUGGAUAUGUUCUCACAUAG